AUGGAGUUUAUUGGGCACAGUGCGACUAGCUGUUACUUAAGUUCCACCCGGCGCCAUCAGAUACCGGCUAAAUUGCCCGUUGUGGCAACACUGCCACCGCUAAAACCCACUUUACCCGACGCCUGUCCCACGCCAUAUCCACACCGCAGAUCCCUCACCACUCUUGCUUACAGACCAGCAAACUACUAUAGCGCCUCGAAAUUGUCACCUGUUUAUCCUUUAUCGUCAUCUCAGGUUGACACAAGAGCUGCAGACACACAACUGAGCGAACUUUGUGGAAUUCGUGUGCCAUCCGUGUAUUCUGCGGCUAGGAACGCCCUUUACACGCGCUACACUCCAAGAAAUUGGUUUGACAGCUACAACCGGUUACUUCAGGCCAAUGACAGAACCCAGAAGGACUCAGAAUGUCUCGUUCAUGACUCCUUACGGCUUGAGGAAGAGCUGGCUGAUAGAGCCAAGUCCAACCAACAGGAUUCAACAAGACGCCUAGGCGAUAAGAUAUGUGAUACCGCUUUCUGGAAGAGUGAACUGGAUACUGAGAUAUCGGAAAUGGUUCAGGAAAACAAUGACCUACUUCGGUCGCGUCGGGUAACUGAAAAAUUAUUGGCUGAAACAGAAAACCAGCUCCACAUCACACAAGAGUGUCUUUACAACAGAGAAAGGCGUCAGGGUUUGGAUUUAGUUCAUGACGAUGUGGAGAAAAAACUAAUCGAGGAAGCUAACACGGUGCGUUCAAUUCAAGACUGUCUCCGAAAGUUAAUAGACGAUGCCAACCGACAGGAACAGUUAAACAAGGCGGCAUUGCAUGAACUUGAGAUGGACAAGGCCAACAAAUUUAUGGCCAUCCAAUUGGAUGAGGCUGCCCACUCAAUGCGCAACAGUUCUGCCGGCAUUCACAUGUAUGAAGGUGUAGAGUGCAUUGAUCAAACUCAGUCGGUGCCGGAAACGUGGAACAAGCAGGUUGCCGACAUAAUCCAGCGCAGUCAGUCAGAGCGCGCGGCCAGUCGGAUGCUGCGUGAACGCAUCGCCAAGGGCAUUGCACACGCUAGCAAGGCGCUUGCCGACAUUUGGGAAGCCGUCAACGCCUCCCUCGCCCAGCGCAUCCGCGAGGUCACUGACACUCUGCAGGCAAUCGCGGAGACAGAAAAGGAAAUCGAGGACCUAAAGAAGGCCAUAAAGGAUAAAGAAGAUUACCUUAGAACGGCGACCAGCCGACUGAACACUCGUCUUAGACGGCCUGGGAUGGAGAACUGUCGCGACCCCGCAAUGGUUCACCUUAUUUGUGAAGUCCAGCAACUGAAAGAUGCCAUCAAGACCCUAUAUGACCAGAUGCACCUGGCCGAGAAUGUGUUACAAGAACUUCUGAGACUGAGAACAGAAAAGGAGGGUGAGUUGGCCUGCAAAAACAACAGCCUCUUCAUUGACCGAGAGAAAUGCCUGGCUCUGCGUAUGCAGUGGCCCGGUGGCCCCACAGCAGGUGCAGCCAAUGCGAUUCCCUGCCCUGGUAACACAGUCUCAUCGGUCCGUGCUUGCAACUGCAUAUAA